UAUCAAGGACGAGAUAUAUAACGCGGGAAAGCGCGUGGAGAAUGACUAGGAUAUGACGUGGAAGUGAGUAAGCGAAAUCAUGCAGGAUAUAUUUAGGGUGUUUUGCUGACAGAUAGAAAGAUUUGAUCGGAACAGAUUGGAUUAAGACAGUAAUUGUUUGUUUGUUUGUUUUUUUUUUUUUAAAGCUUCUAUUUCCUCGGCGGCUUUUCUUGUCUAUCAAUUUCUUUGUUUUCUUUCUCUAACCUGUUCUGACACCCGAGCUGGUGGCGUUGGCGGUGGAGCUUGGUGUCGGCAGCUCUGGUCUUCUUUUUUUGUAUAUGUUUUUGGAGGAACAGAAUCUGACGGUGGUUAUUGACGGUUAUUUUGAGGACUUUCGAGCGGGCAAGGGAGUGAUCAUCGCUAUUUCCCCUUUUUUUUUUUCCUCGUGCAUUUUUUCAUUGAACAAUUACGUCAAGAAGACAAGCAAGAGGAAAAGAAAACGGAUUCUUUUUCUCCAAAAAUAAAAAAUAAAAACAAAAGAACCCUGAGUGUGGCUGUUACUAAAAUCCUCCAAAAGGGAAGUUUAGAAGCCAAUGGGAAAGAUGGAAAUGAGUGCCAAGCAACCUCCUCAAGACGCCAACAAUAUUUGUCCAGCGCCACCUCCGUUACCUGGUCCAGCAACAAAUUGUGGGCGGAAGGGGUUAUUUAUGAUGAAUGGAUCACAAAUAAGAGGAUACAGCUGUGUCUCUACAGCCACGAGGGAUUUGUGGGAUAGCCUCUUUGAUGGAGGCUAUAGGGCUGAUAUUGCCAUUAAAACUGAUUAUGGUGGCAUCGUCUAUGCCCAUUCUAAUAUUCUUGGCAUGGCUUCUCCUGUCUUAAGAGGCAUGUUGAAACAAGCAAAGGGCUUUGGUAAGAAGAGAUCAAUUACAAUCCAUGGUGUUCCACAAGAUGCAGUUCGAGUUUUCAUCCGAUUCUUGUACUCUUCCUGUUAUGAGAAAGAGGAAAUGAAGGAAUAUGUCCUGCAAUUGUUGGUCCUCUCACACGCAUAUGUUGUUCCUCAGUUGAAGCAAAUUUGUGAACAGCACCUAGAGCAUGGCUUGCUUACUAUAGAAAAUGUAAUUGAUGUUUUACAGCUUGCAUUACUGUGUGAUGCACCUCGGCUUUCUCUGAUUAGUCACCGUAUGAUCCUAAGCAACUUCAAGUCUGUUUCUGCUACUGAAGGAUGGAAAGCAAUGAAGAAGAGCCAUCCAGCACUUGAAAAAGAACUUCUGGAAUCCGUGAUUGAUGAAGAAAAUAUGCGAAAAAAUAAAAUCAGAAAAUCAAAUGAGAGGAAGAUCUAUCUUCAACUGUAUGAAGCAAUGGAAGCCCUUGUUCAUAUUUGCAGAGAUGGUUGCAGGACAAUUGGUCCACAUGACAAGGAUUUCAAAGAGGACCAGGCACCUUGCAAUUAUGCAGCCUGUAAAGGACUAGAAUUGCUUAUUCGUCACUUUGCUGGUUGCAAGUUGAGAGUUCCUGGCGGCUGUGUUCAUUGCAAAAGAAUGUGGCAGCUACUGGAGUUACACUCCCGUCUCUGCGCUGAUUCAAGUUUGUGCAGAGUUCCUCUGUGCAGGAAUUUCAAGGAGAAGAUCAGGAAACAAAGCAAGAAGGAUGAGAUCAAGUGGAAAAUGCUAGUGAAAAAGAUAUUGAGAACAAAGAGAAUCGGAGGUGCACCAUUCUUUGUGUCCUUAAAUUCCAUCUCUUCAUGACAAACAAAGUCUAGGUCUCCUACAUCCUGAUUCAUUUGUAAAAUUAUCUCAAACUUUGUGCCCCGUUACAUAAAUUAUAAAGCAAAUGAAGAAUCACUCCGUUCCCAACA